CACAAAUGUCUCCAACUGCAACCUCUGAUAUGACCAACAUAUUGUAUUACAUGGUCUGAAGAAUAACUUGAGGGUAACAUUCUGCAUCAACACUUAUUUUCCUAAAGGCAUUUAUGAUGUCAGUUUGAGCAACAAGACAAGUAACUAAAAAAAGAAAAAAAACACCCCGCCUCUUUAUGUUGAGAGCAGCCUUACUGGAGCACAGUUCAGUUGCGGACAGUUCAGUGCAACAUUCAUAUGCAAAAUGAUGAAGUUUACCUUGCAAAGAGCUUUAAUUGUCUGCAGCAUCAGCUGGAUCUCUGUCUCAGUGUCUGAGUCUCAGAUCGUAGAGGUUCAGCCUGGUGAAGAAGUCACACUGCAGUGCUCCAAUAUGACCAAAUAUGAUUCUGUGGUUUUCUGGUUCAGACUGGUCAGCAGAACUAAGAUAAGCUGUAUCUCCAUUAUGUACACCACUGAUGACACUGCUCAAUAUUGUGAUGGAUUUCAAAAUGGAGCAUUUGAAAUGAGAUCCAACAUCUCUACUGUUUAUCUCAAAAUCAAACAAGUGGAUUCAUCAGACUCUGGACUGUAUUUCUGUGGAUCUUACACAGAUGGACGUCUACUUUUCAGUGAGAUAUAUUUAAAAGUUAAAGGCAGUGAUGAUGGAUCACAUGAUGACGUGGACGACACAUCUAAAAAAGAGCGUGAUGGAACAACAAAGUUGACGAGUGUGAUCCUGGCUGGUCUGACUGUUUUCCUUGUAAUGGUCAUCAUUGGUCUGCUGGUUAAAGUCAGGAAACUUAAGACAGCUGCCACUGAAGGGCAGAAUUCACUAGUGAACAAGAAUCUGGACUCUGAUCAGCUGAAGGACACAGCACUGACUUUGUAUUCAACAACAAUAAGAAGCAGGAGGCCUGCAUCACAGAGAGAAGUGGACACUCAUGUUAUUUAUGCUGCCAGCAGACAGACAAGAAGAAACAACAGCAACAGCUCAGAGUGAAACUAAUGCUUCAUUAAUCUGCUGCUGGAGUAUUGUGAGGGUAGCGAUACACACCAUCAACUUAUC